GAAAGGUAGUCGCAUCGGCGAAGUUGAUGUCGUCGAAAAGGGGAAUAAGGAGAUUCCCUGCAUCACUUGACCUCCAGGAUGCCCUCACUGCAAGCAGCUGGUAGUGGUAGUACUGCAGUUGUAGUUACCGCAAGUAACUCGUACCGCAGUGAACGACCACGACCACGACGGACCCAGUGGACUUGCACCUGUUGAUUGUCCCCGCACCUCGCCGCCAAGGCCAUCCCAACAUAGAUUUCCAAGCCAAACUGCGACGGAUUGCGAGCACAUCAGUUUCGUCUCCGACAACAAAUAUCUGCUGAGUUUUGGCACGAAAGUGGAAAGGCAAAAGAGUGACUAUGAACCAGCUCUCCGAUCAAGUCACGGACCUUGAUUACCUCGUCAACUCGCCUCUCCCAGCUCCUCUCGCGAAUCAAGAUCAAUCUCCAUCGCAGUCGCAGUCGCAGGGUCGAGUCAACUCCCCGCUGCCGACCAACAGCUACAGCUCCAGCUCCAUCAUGACGCAGCAGCGACAGCACUCGUCCAGCGUCGGCAGUCCCGGUGACGAAGGACACGGCAUCAAGAGGAAGAUCGACCAGCAGGUGGGCAAUGCACCAACGGGGCACACGCGCGCGAAGAGGAAUCGAUAUAUCAGUAUUGCCUGGUGAGUGGUUGUGUUGCGUUGUUUGGUGGAUGAGGUUGCGAGGCCGCUGAGAGGGGCCUGAAGGUCGCGCUCCCUGUUGCGGCGACGACGGAAUACUCCCGUCAUGACCCAACAAAAGACGGAAGACCUCGAGAAAGGGCGCAGAGCUGCAUGUAUCCAUGGUGCAUGUGAAGCAGAUGCAGAGAGAUGGCAGAUAUAUUUCUAUCACUCCUCCGCAAAUUCCAACCAUCAUGACUUCGCCCUGCUCUAUCGCUGUCCGAAGUCUUCCGGCGCAAAGCCUCAGUCUACCCAUUCAGCCAUUGCAUUGCAUUCCGACUUGAUGCACCAGCUACUUGGCAGAAAACCUCGACUGACACUGUGGAUGGAAUAGUAACGAAUGCAAACGCCGAAAGAUAAAAUGUAAUGGAAAUACUCCCUGUCAGCGGUGCGGAAACCUGAAUCUCGAAUGCCAAUAUGCCCCCAAUUGCUGCACAAAUGGCUUCAAAGAGUCGGAGGAAUUCCGACAGAUGAAUGCCCAGAUUGCUUCUUUACAGGAACAAGUCGACAACCUAUACGCCGGACUAAAUGCUCUGAAGAGCAACCGUGAUAAUGCCUAUAUAUUACCUCCACCCGUGGACACCCCAAUGUCUCUGCCGCUCCCUCCACCACCCGUCUCCCCUGCCUUGAGCCAGAGAUAUCGUCCAAUUGUCAGGCAACCCUCCUAUCGAGGACCUACAAGCUCAGCUUUCAGCCUCAAUGUUGCGAAGAACACAUUACAGAAUAUGGGAUAUCAAGGACUUAUGGUGGACGAAGCCCCGCCUACUCACGAUGUUACGCCCACGGCAUCUCCUAGACGUCUAUCUGUCCAACCAUCUCCCCGACCGGAAGGGGCACAUGCAGUCAAAGAACCAUUAUGGCAAAUAACCAAGGCGGAGAUGAUUCGUCUUUGUCGGGUUUAUGAAGAGGAGAUGGGAAUCAUGUACCCGAUUGUUGAUAUCGAACGGGUAAUUAUACAUGGCACGAACGUCUACGAUUUUGUGGACUCCGUGUAUAGGAAUGGUCUUCGAAACACGACUAGCGAAGGUCAAGGUCCUAUUCGCGACGAACAGACCUUCGUCUUGAAGAUGGUCCUUGCGUGUUCGUUCUUGACCGAGGGACAUGGUCAAAGUGAGAUUGCUGAUAGCCUUUAUGAGAGCGUUCGGGAGGCUGCGGAUGCCAUUUAUCAUGGCGAGGUUGGUGUGAAGGAUUUGCCUUUCUUGGUUCUUGUGGUGAGUGCUAUAUCUCCUCGUUCUGUACAUCGUCAUGCUCCAGCCUUAUCUCAAUACAUCAUUUUCGAAGUCAACAUGGCCCGGCAUGCCAACAAUAGCAAGUGGCUACUGGGCCUGCUUGCCACGGUAGCUCUCUCCAAAUUGUGUUGAUCUUAGGUGCUGCGCCUGCUUAAAAAUCCUUCUAAACCCCCAGUUUUUCUAAUAUGGCUUGAGAGCAUUCCGCCUUUUUCAAAUUACAAAUAAGUAUUGGUAACGUUUCUGCCGAAGCUUUCUUGAGUAUGAAGGGUUAUAAAUGCACUGGCAGCUUCACGGCAAAUUUCAUAACUUCGCAAGAACCGGGUUCACGCUCAACAAACUCCCUACAUCACGAUUGAGUAAAAAGCAACCUCCCAGCGUUACUAGCCACAUUUGUGUAUUUUAUGCGCGUGAACCUGGCCCGGACCAGUAUUCCUAGGCAAAUUAAGAAGCCAAAAUGCUUGUGUUUAUACUUCCUUUUCCCAAUUCUUUUUGCAUUGCGAUAGCUUCAAUCUGAGUCUAUUCGGACUUGUUCAAGACAGAUAUACUUGGGAUUUAUGCAGUGUUCUUGCGAUCAUAUUGCUAAUGAACACCAAAGACCAUGUACCAUUUCCACUCCGACGAAGAGGCGCUAGCAUGGCGUAUGAUCGGGCAGGUAGCUCGUAUUUGUAUCGAGUUGGGACUUCACAGAAGAGAGUCAUUAUUCAAAGCUGUGCUUGAUGAGCAUGAACGAUCCCAGGCCAUUAAUAUGUUUUGGUCUAUUUACGUUUUAGAUAGGAGAUGGAGCUUUGGCACUGGUUUGCCAUUUGCUCUCCAAGAUGCAGAUAUUGAUCCAAACCUUCCAGAACCAGUAAGUGGCCUUGCCAACAGCCAAUGGAACUUCUUAAUGACGAUGACUACAGGAACUUAGUAUCCCCUACCUUAAUGUAAUGAUUGCUUACUCCAGAAUCGGAUCGAAGGUUUGGAGGUCGAUUUGCUCUUUCAAGUCAUCUCCUCUCAACAUUGAAGAAAUAGAGUUCCUCGAUUAUCAAAUCCUCCAAUGGCAAAAGAACAUUCCGCAAACUCUCCAAUUCCCUACCGCCGCCGCCCCGGAAACCAACUCACGAACCAUACACCGUCUCCAAAUCCUCCUCUACAUUCGCGCCAACCAAAUGCGCAUCCUUAUUUACCGGCCAGUCUUACACUCCGCAAGCAGCAUCCAAGAGAACCUCAAUCACGCAAGCACUGUAGUAGAACUAGCUAAGGACACAAUCCGAGCCCUCUCACAUCUCAACCAAACCACGGAUAUCUACCGUGCCCAGCAAGUAUGCUUCAAUUACUUCCUCACCUCCGCCAUCGCUGUGCUCUUCCUCGCAUCAUGCCAUGCACCGGUUCACUUCAGUGCCCUCUGUCGCGAGGAAUUCUACAUGGCCCUCGACCUUGUCAAGGGCUUCAGCAAUAAAUCUUGGGUCUCGAAACGCUUGUGGAAAACCAUCAAAGGCCUCAAGGAAGUUGGUCCCAAACUAGGACUUGAUGAGGUCCAACAUAAUAAUUCAAGAGACGAAGAUCAUGAAAGUGCUGCCCUUGCGAUGGCCGGUCUCGCAGGACACGAAAUUGGAAAUCUAGGCGGGAAUGGGUAUCAAGCAGGUGUCAAUGGGGUUGGGGUGAACGGACAGCAUGCGAAGAGUAGUCCGGAUGGAUAUCAGAUGAGUCACGAUAUGACGACGCUUUUUGAGGCAGCGCUUGGGAGUGUGAAUGGAAAUACUGGAAAUGUGCCCGGGAACGGGGUCAGUGCUCCUGGGGGUGGUGUUGGUGGUGUGGGAUAUGUCUUGAAUGAGGCACCUGGGGAUCAGGGGAUGCAGGUACAACAACAACAUGGUGGCGGUGGGGGUUCCCAGCAUCAGGUGAAUCUUAAUGGGAUUGGGAGUAGUGUUUUUGGAGGGGAUGAGGAACUUUAUCGCCAGUUGAGGGAUUUGUUUUAGAUGCUGGUGGUUGUUUCUUUGGGUUUUGUUGUAAUGAUUGUUGCUUUUGCUGUGCGUUGACGCCGUAAUUGCUCUGUUUUGGCGUAUAUUCCGGGGACGGAAAGGCAUAAGGGAUGGAUGCAAAAGGGGGAUGAGGAUGUGAAUAUGAUGGCAUGGAUGGGAUAUGUAUACUUUUGAUUUGAGCGGGCGGUAACUAGGCUUCGCUGGUAUGAUGUGGGUGUAGGUGUAGAUAGUAGGUGAGUAGAAGGGGAAGGAAGAAAUGUAUUUGUAUAUUUACAGUCUUUGUGUUUGU